AUGUCUGUGCAAGUGCCAUUCGAUGCGUGUAGCGGUGGGGACUCCCCAAGCAGUAAUGCUCCUUCGCCAACAACCGAUGGCGCCAAGAGGGUGCAGGGGCUGGUCAGCCUGCGGCUCCAGCAGCUGUCGUCGAGCGACCUGCUCUCGGCGCCCACGAGCAAGGAGCGCCGCUUGUCGCUGGUCGAGCUCGAGUCCAAGAAGCGCAGCCGGCUCAUCCGCCAGUGGGAGAAGAUGAGCCAGGAGAUAGAGUCGGCGCAGAAGAGGGAGGAGCUCGAGCGAUCACGACGCCAGGCCAUCUCCCGCCAGAAGUCCCAGCUCCCCCCAGCCCGUCGACGCUUCGCAAUGCGCAGACGGGCGCCGUCGGUCGUCUCCUCCGACGGCCUGGAUACCAUUCGGCCCCUGGCAGACUACGAGCUCGACCACGAGGCAUCGACCGACGGUGGUCAGCCUGACGCCGAGGCCAACAAUGACGACGGCGGGGCCAGCGCGGCUGCAGCGGCCUUCAGGCGGCUGACCAAGUCGGGCCUCAUAUCUCCCCGGACGCGCCCUCAGGGGCCGGCCUGGGGUGCGGCCCAGACCGGCGAUCUGACGCUGGGGUCGAGGCGGGGAGGUUUGCGUGAAUCACCGCAUGAAGUGGGAGGCGGCAGCGUUGCGGACGUCGUGGAGGCGACCGAGGGCAAGAACUGGCUGGUCAGCGCCUGUGGGAGGCUGCCUCGGGCGGUGCUCGUCAAGAUCGGCGGUCGGCCUUCGGACCAGACCAAGAAGCCAUCGUCCGUCGAGCCACACACCACCGACGCCCAUCACGACGCUGCGAGCCACAGCAACGACAUCAGAAGCAGCAAAAACAACGACAACAACAACAACAAUCAACAGAACGUACCACACAGCCCCGAGGCGCAGAAAGAGCGGCAGGCGGUGAGUGAGGUGGAGACGUUCCUGCGGCAACGAAGAGGUUCAACGGUGCAAGCCUCAGGCUUGGCGAUUCCGAAGUUGAGCAUCACCGCGUCGCCGGAUCCAGUACCCAGGAGGGGGCGCCAACGGAGGGUGGAGGCGGUUGAAGGGGCCAACAACACCAGCAGCGGUACAGAUGAUGACGCCGAGGAGGCGGACGAGGGGAACACGAAGAGUUUGGUCGACGAGGAGUACUCGUCGGAGGAGGAGAAGGAGGACGGGGACGGGGUCAAGGUGGUCGUCAAGUGUCGCUCCAAGACCAUCAACCGAGACCCGGUAAAGAAGCAGGGGUGGCUCAUCAAGCUGGGCGACGGCCUCUUCGCCCAGUGGAAGAAGAGGUUCGGCUAUACCCUCCCCCCCACCACUGUCCCCUGUAAUCUGAAUGGACGACGCGGGGUUCCAGGUGCGGGCAAGCCGCCGGAAGACCGCAUCAGCUUGCGGGGAGGCUGCAUGGUGGACGCGGCCACCAACGGGAUCAAGAAUGUCAAGCGGGCAGAUUGUACGUUUCGAGUCAGUGGAGGGAAGAAGAUGUUUCUGUUGGAGGCCGCGUCGCCCGAAGAGAAGAAGGAGUGGAUUGAGGCGCUCUGGACCAACGUGUUCUACGCCAACCCGGCUAAGCGGCACUCCGGAGUGGCCUACACAGUGGAGCUUCAGGGGCUGCGCAUGAUUGACACAACAACAAAGUUUGAGCUGUGGCAGCGACCAGCUCAGCACAUUCAAUCCAUCACCCGACCCGAGGAGGAUAAGGAACGGUGGGUGAUCUUCGAUUUUGGCGACAAUGGCGGGUGGGUAGUGGUGAGCCUGCAGCCCACCACAACCCCGACCGCCAUCUAUAACUCAGUGCAGAGCAUUCUGCUCACGCAUACGGCCUGGAAAGGCAACCCCAUCCUCCUCGGGAACUACUAA